AUGGCGACCUCAGCGACCGGGACGCUAUCAGAAGAUGGGUUGAAACAUUUCAAGACUUACAAAUACUCCUCGGUGGAUUUGUCGCCAAUCUCGAAGCACAUAUUAAGGCAUUAUUGGAAUGCCUGCGUGGAAUUCUUGCCAUUAUGGCUCGCACCAAACAUGGUCACGCUCAUCGGAUUUUUCUUCAUCAUUGGAAAUGUGGCUCUUCAGCAAUACGCAGAUCCUGACCUCGUGGGACCAAAAGAUACUUGGGUCUACUUCAGCUACGCAUUCGGUGUGUGGGCAUACUCUACAAUGGACAACAUCGACGGCAAGCAGGCACGGAGAACGGGUACUUCAUCUGGGCUUGGAGAGCUUUUUGACCAUGGCAUCGACUCACUCAACUGCACGCUUGCAUCACUUCUCGAAACCUCCGCCAUGGGCCUUGGAUCAACAAGAAUCGGAGCGUUGACCGCGCUGAUUCCCACCUUGCCCAUGUUCUUCUCCACAUGGGAGACCUAUCACACCCACACCUUGUAUCUUGGCUACUUCAACGGUCCUACCGAGGGCUUGAUGAUUGCCGCGACCAUCAUGAUGACAUCCGGCAUCUACGGCCCUCAGAUUUGGCAAAAGCCAAUAUCUGAUCUAGUUGGCUACAACGAUACGCUGGGAGCUCUGAGCGUACAGGAUUGCUGGGCGGCACUGCUCCUCGCAGCAUUUUUCAUCGCCCACCUGCCAGGAUGUGUUUACAACGUCGUCAAGGCGCGGAGGGCAAAGAACCUCCCCGUUGCUCCGGUAUUCUUGGAAUGGUCGCCCAUGAUUCUCUUCUGCGGCUCACUCGUGGCAUGGCUGGGAUCACCGUACUCGUUCCUGCUCCAAGACAACCACCUUUGCCUGCUCUGCCUCACUCUGUCUUUUGUAUUCGGCAGGAUGACAACCAAGACGAUUCUUGCCCAUCUCACCAGACAGCCGUUCCCAUACUGGACUGCUCUUCUGGCGCCUCUCGUUGGUGGCGCUUUCUUGGUCAAUUUCCCGUACUUUGGCUUCGACCCUGUGUCUGCGGAGAUUCAGUUGUAUUACCUAUGGGCGUACUUCUUCUUCUCCAUGGUAGUGUAUUCCCGCUGGGCGUACGUGGUCUGCACUGCGAUCUGUAAUUACCUUGGAAUCAACUGCUUGACGAUCCCGCAGGAGAAGUGGAGAGCUUUGCAGCAGCAGCAGAGAGAGGAGGCAAUGCCGUCACUUGUCAGCAGUCCCGGGAAGGGGAAGAACGCCUGA